ACACAUUCUUGGUAACGCAAAAUCAAUUUUCCAGAGCAGAAAGAUGGCGUUCACACCUCCCGCCGACUGUGGGCCGAAGUUCCCACCGCAGCAUCAGCCGCAGCAGCCGGGGAAAGAGUACCUCAUGAACCCGCUCCCGCAGCCCAUCAACCCUAACUACAAGCCCUCCGCCAAACUCCUUGGGAAGGUAGCUCUGGUGACCGGUGGCGACUCCGGAAUCGGCCGAUCCGUCUGCAUCCACUUCGCCAUGGAAGGCGCCACCGUCGGAUUCACCUACGUCAAAGGCGCAGAAGACACCGACAAGAACGAAACCAUCAAACUCAUAAAAAAACACAAAACCCCUCCUUCCAAAGACCCAAUCGCCAUACCCGCCGACUUCUCCCGCGGCUGCGAAUCCGAAUGCCAGAGAAUCGUCAACGAGUUCGUUAAGCACUACAAAACCAUCGACAUCCUCGUCAACGACGCCGCUGUCCAGUACUACACCAAUUCGAUCGACGAGCUGACCGAGGACAGAGUGGAGCGGACGUUCAGGAUCAACAUCUUCGCCUACAUCUACAUGGCGAGGAUCUCGCUGAAGCACAUGAAACAGGGGAGCUCGAUCGUGAACGUCACCUCUGUUUUGGCCUAUGUGGGGAGCGGCGAGCUGGUGGAUUACAGCGCGACGAAAGGGGCGAUUCUGACGUUUACGAGGAGCUUGGCGCUGAAGGUUGUGGGUCGGGGGAUUCGGGUGAACGGGGUUGCGCCGGGGCCGAUCUGGACGCCGCUGCAGGUGGCGUCGCUGCCGGCGGAGAGGGUGGCGACGCUGGGGUGUGAGGUGCCGAUGCAGAGGGCCGGGCAGCCGUUUGAGGUUGCGGCGGCGGUUGUGUUUCUGGCGAGCAAUGAGUGCUCUUCUUACUUUACUGGCCAGGUGCUGCAUCCCAAUGGUGGGGGAUGAUUGUUAAUGCUUGAACGGUGUUUGCUGUGUGAGUCGAUGAAGUUUCUUUCGGUUUAUUAUGGUUCGGGCUGAGAUUUGUGAGAAUAAAUUCAAGAUUUGGGUAUGCUCGAUGUAACACUGCUCAUGUAUGGAUGAUGUAAUGGGUACUUUGAUGAAUAAAAUAACGGAAUCAAACUAGUGUGUAACCUGAUUGUGUG